GCUAAUGUUGAAGCAUAGUCACAAACCAUCAAAUUUUUGAAGAUUUUAUAGUUCUUCCUCAAAAGAAAACAAAAAAGCUAUCACAUUGAACUAUAUUUGAUAUGUCCCUCUAAUUCACCGGUGACAAAUGAUUUUAGUUACUUUCCUCAAAAAUACUUACUAAAAAUAUAGUUUUGGUUAGCAUAUGCAACACACAUAAAUAAUCAAUUUCCUUCUCUUCGAUCAAAUAAUAAACAACAGGUGUUUAAAGGCCAUAAUAUUAAAUCUCAAAAGCACAAUAAUAUAAUAUGUCAGCGAAUCUUCACCUUGUGGCGAUGGUUCUCCUCUUCUGUAUGGUGAGCAAAAGCGUCGUAGCGAUCGCUCGCCCGGUGAUCUCAGGCGGGCGUGAUCCAUGCUCCGUGUCAGACUUCAAGGUCUUGUGCAGAUCAGUCGUGAAAGGUCAAAAGAAUGUUAACGCAGCGACGGAAGUUUCCAUAAGAGAGCUGAUGAAAAGAACGACAAAGGCUAAAGAAGUCGCUGCUAGUGGCCGGGAAAGUGGUGGAGGACUCAAGACUUGUUACUCAAACUAUGAUAGUGCGAUUGGUAAUCUACAAAAGGCGUUGAAAGACCUUAAAAAGAAUGAUGGAUUUAGCCUUAACAUCAAUCUUAGUGCAUCCUUAACGGAAUUUGAUACAUGCAACGACGCCAUGGGCGGUGCUAAGGCGUCGAAUGUCUUCGCUAGAUCUACAAAGACUUUACAUGAAAUGGCUGAUAAUUGUUUAGCGCUCUCUACGCUUGUUAAACAAUGAUAAUAUAGCGAAAAUGUGAUUGUUGAUAAUGAAAGAGAGAAAAAAACUGAUUUGUUUCUGUAUGCCACAAUUUCA